AUGGCGAAUAUGUUUGGUUCGGCAUGGCGCUCCUUUUGGCAUACCAUGACCUCCUAUGACCGUCAUGCCUCCCACGACUCUCCCUACCGUACUGGACAACACGUUCCCCUCAGCCAAAGCCGCCAUGAGCCUCUCACAUCCGUUGCAACCAGCGCAAUCGAAUCCCGCCCCGACCUCUCCAGCCCCUACGAUGACGAGCCGACCAAGGGUUCGGCAACUGCCCAAACAUCCGAAUGGACAGGCUCCCUCAAUGAAGACUCCCCGACUCGCCCUUACUCGCCUGGGAUGAGAUCAGUCGCAUCCCAGAAGAGAAGGUCCAAUGACCAGGGCGAAGGCGCACCCGAGAUCCAGAUGCAGAGUUUCCACGAUGGGGCACCCCUCCACCACCGGUCGCGCACUCCUGGAGGAAAAUUGAACGGUGGGUGCACCCAGAACGACAUUAACGAAUUGGAGCAUGAACUCGACUGCAGUCUGCCAUUAGAGUUGCGGGAAUCGCUGAUGUGCCACGAUGGUCAGGAACGCGGUGGUUUGCCCACUGGUGUCCUCUUCAGCGCCAUGCUUAUGGACUGUGAGGAGAUCGUGCAGGAGUGGCGCAACUGGAAGAGGGUCAACGACGAAUAUCUCAGCAACAUGCACGCCCCUAUGUCCAGCUCUGCGGCAAGCUCCUCGGCUGGUCCGUCUCAGCAGGCCGGGUCUCCCAUGUGGAGAUCGGAAUUGCUGGAUCGUCAGGACUCCCAGCCUCCCGGGGCUGUUCAAAAAGCAUACGCACACCCCGCGUGGAUUCCUCUCGCCCGUGAUUGGGGUGGCAACAACAUUGCGAUUGAUCUGGCACCCGGUCCCGCUGGAAAAUGGGGCCAGGUGAUUAUUUUUGGCCGGGAUUACGACUGUAAAUACGUCAUUGCUCGGUCGUGGUCUGCGUUCCUGGCCACGUUCGCUGAUGACCUGUGCAGUGGCAAGGUCAUUGUCGAUGAGGAGACGAACGAGCUCAAGCUGAAGGAGUUCCGCUCUCAGAAUGUCGAGCCCCCAUACCUAGAGAUUCUGCGCUGGAGAACGGAUCAGAAGUUUGGCCGUCGUGCGCCUCGUCGCAAGGGCCCUGGUCCCAACGGUCUGGGCGUGAAUGCUUCUGGCAACCGGUCCAGCAGCCGAGAGUCGCCCUACGGCAGCCCAACACGAGCUGAGGAACGUGGCCGUUCGCCCCACCGUUUCUCCAAGGGAGGAUCAGCUCAGAGCCCCAAAACGCAAUUCGGCGUCUCCAGCCCUCUUGCCCGCGUGACUGAAGAAACAACGAGUCCCGUGGGUCCUUCUGGACCUACCAUCUCCGAGGACCUCAAGGAGACAGGGAAUGGCAAGGAGCCUCAGACAGAAGACCUGAUGGAGGUGGCCACCCCACAAAUCUCCAAUAAGGAAAAUGAGGGUUUCCCCAAGACCGAUACUAAGGAGAAUGACAAUGCCGAAAAGAGCGACGCCACCGCGGAGUCCUCAACUGUCAUGGACUCGGAAGUCCUGGGUGAAAUGAAGAACGUGGCUAUUUAG